AUGACGAGCUCCGAGCCCACGAUGCCUGCCAGGGACAUUGCACUUCUUCGCUCGACUUACAGACGAGCGCGUAUGCAUUAUAAUUUGCGGAAGAAGGAUGUGGCGAAACGUUGCGAGCUCUUCCACUUGGCAGCGCAGUCGAUUUUUGCCGGUGUCUCUGAAGUCUUCCAGGAGCGAAAGAGGAUUGCCGGUCUGGUCCUGCGCGCCGUCGCAACCGAAAAGUGCCGCCACGACACCAGGGAGCAGAUGGAAGAGGGCUUUCUUAAACGACUGGGGCGCCCCAAGCUCAAGGCUCCGGAGUCUCGACGCUUCAAGGCCAUCUUCGACUCGGCGGACAGCCUCCUUCUCAACAACUUCCCUCUUGCUGGGGAGGCCAUGUGCAAGGCCUUGUUCUGCAGCAAGGAGGAGUUUGCCGAGCGGUCGCAGGGGCUCGGCAACCUGCUCCGAUGCCAGAGCACUUUGGAAUCCAACAUCAGGACACACGAAUUGGCCGCCACAAUUCUUUCCUCCUUGUCCGCUCUGCAUGAGCAGCUCCUCGCCGUGGAGGCUGCACCUGUUCAGACCGAGUGGACCCAGUGGCACAGUGCCGUUCGCAAACGUCGCGUGUCACGAGAACUUAUUGAGGAUAACGUGGAUGCUGGCGAUCCAAGCGUGGUUCCUGCACCAGUACAAGCUAGCCAAAGUGUCAAAGUCGAAGUUUCGCCGCUCCCGCCUCUGCCGGCGCCAAGCCUGAGUGUCAAGGAGGUAUUGCCGGUGUUGCAGCCAUUGCAGCCAUUGCUGCCUAGCGUCUCGGACACGCGUUCCCUCAGCUCCUUUGGCCCCAUGAUGAAGAGCACAGUCCAGGAUGUGUCGAAGGAGGACCAAGCAGCACAAGAGCCGUCGGUGUUGCGGGGGGGAGGUUCACCCCAAACUUUUGACUUCUCCGGUCCACUUCAAGCGGAAGCGCCGGAAGCGCCUGGAAGACGGCGCAGGAGUUUUUUUUCUUUGGCCUCGGGGCCGAGCCCUUCGAAGCAAACGAGAGGCCAAAAAAAGUCAGCGGGGCGACUGGCCUCGGGGCCGCCGGGCCCGCCGCCGGGCCAAGGCCAGGACUUGGACUUGAGCGGGCUAGCCUUGGAAGCUUCUACUCUGAGGCUUCCCAUUCUGACAAGGAAAGAGGCGGAUGACGCCGUGGCGACGUCGGAAAAGGAGCCCUUGGAGCCUUUGGAGCCUCAACAGAGCACCUUACCGAUGAUGCGGAUUUCCUCCACCUUGCAAGCUGAGGGGCCUCUGGGGCGGCUUGGGCUUACUGCGGCCUCAGAGCCUCUGCGGAAGAAGCGGUGGAAGCGGGAGCGGAUGCGAGCGUUGAUGGUGACCAGCCAGAGCAUCUCCGGGGUGCCUGCCAUGGACUGGAUCCUUCCGGUCGUGGCUGAUGCAUCGGUGCGACCGAUUCAGAAGUUCAACUCCCCUUCUGACAUAGGCGCCAGACUGAAAUCUAGAAAUCUGCACGGUAGAUCUCGCAAGUCUGCGGCUUCAAUUCCGAUCAGCAAAGGGACGUUCUUCCCAGCUCUGUGUUAA